AGUAGUUAUGCGCAUGCGCACACGGGGUGUAAAGCAUGAGCGGUCAUCAGGGAAGUGAGGAGACGGAGGUGGGUAACACGGAGGAGAUAUCGCUGCAGCUGAGCGUGCCCGGCGUCUCUCGCCUGGAGGACGUCGCCUACAGCAAGAGCGUCAAAUUCAAAGGCCACCAAUGGAGGAUAAUGGUGGUGCACCGGGAGGUAAACUCUAAGGACGUGAUGGGAGCAUACGUUCAGAGGGUGGGGAGCAAAUCACCUCCGAACCAGGCCAACUGGAGCGUCGUGCUCAAUGCCUCAAUAUCUCUGGUGAACCAGCUGGACUCUGAGAAGAGCUACACCAAAGACUUUCGGCACCACUACACCCGUAACUCCACUGACUGGGGAUACAGCGGGUUCCUUCGCUGGAGAGAGGUGCUGAACCCUCUCCGAGGUUUCGUGAAAGACGACACGAUUCUGGUCCGUGCUCGUCUGGUGUACCCCGGUCCAGACGCCCACCCAGACCCCGCCCCCUCCCUCUCGCAGUCACACAGCACCCAGGCACCGUCCUCACAACUUCACACUCCACAGAGCCACGCCUCUUCGUCUCUCUGUCGCACCAGCAGCUCCCUGUCGUCAUGUGCUGGCAGCUCACGGGUCACCCAAAUCCCCACGUCACUAUUCCCCCCUCUCUCCCAGCUGUCGUCCCAAGACUCCAUGACGGAGACCAGCUCUCAACUGACGCCUUCCUCGACCUCCAUUCUUCCUCCAGAGAUGGCCUCGUUCCUCUCCUGCCCCCACUGUAACGAGCAAUAUGAGGCCGAGGGGCAGCGGAGUCCAAACACCCUCCUCUGUGGACACUCCUUCUGUUUGGGUUGUCUGGAGAGGCUACUGCUGAAAGGGGAGGGAGGGAGGCACAAACUGACCUGCCCGACAUGUACCCAGGAGCACUCUGUGGAUGCAACAGGCUCGUCUAGACCAUGGUUUCCCAACCUCUCCGUCGCCCAGCUGGUCACAAGUGUACUCUCCAAGGCCAAACACUUCUGCCCCAUUCAUCAACACGAUCGGAACUACUACUGUUUCCGUGACAAGACUUUGGUGUGUAUAUACUGUGCCUACCACGGAGAGCAUGCGGGUCACCACUGCCAGCUGGUGAACGAGGCAAAACAGACAGUUAGAGACGAGCUGCGUCCGUUGAGGAUGAGAGCGCAGGGACGGGUUGCGGAGGCAGAGAGAAGGCUACAGUUGAUGAGUGACGAGGGAGAAGCUGUGAGGACACAGGGUCUCACCUCUGCCAAGAUGGUGGAGGAAUACUUUGCCGGUCUUGAGGCGGCGCUGCGGAAACAGAGAGACCUACUGUUGAAGGAUAUCCACACACAUACCGGCAGUUUACACAGCUCCAUUGAGACCCAGAUGAAAGAGUUGGAGAGGCAUCACAGCAAGGCAAGACAGUCUCUGGAGGACUAUGAGAAGUGGAAGGCAAUGUCAGCCCGCGAGGCUCUGUCCACCGUCUCCAAACUCACCCAAACCCUCCAGACUACAGGCUCGACCUCUCUCCCCUUGCCUGCCACCCAGCAAGGAACUGGCUCUGGACUGAGACUCCAUAUUGAGCUGCCCUCCUCCAACCCACUCAGCUCUCUCGGUCCUCUAGGUCAUGUGACUGUCACAUGUUCUUCGUCUGCCUCGCCAAGAGUCGGACCUACUGUUGUUGAUGGACCCACUGACCAGGAGGAGGUGGUGGAGCUAAGGAACCAAGGGCCGCUGGUAGAAGACAGAGAAGAAGAUACACAAGAACCAGUCGAUGAGUCUGUGAUGGACAUGCAAGAGGAGAGGGAGGGGGAGGUCCCUAGUAGAGGCGGCAUCGUUAAACGAACACUUCCAGUGAAAGAUGCUUCUCCAGAUUUUGAACUUCGGAGC